AUGGUACAAGAUUUCCACGCUGAGGACCGAACCAUUACACUUACAAAGGAAUUUAAAAAGAUGAAGCCGCCAUCAUUCAAAGGAGGAAUAGAACGAAUGAAAGCUGAAGCGUGGGUGUUAGGGAUAGAAAAGUUGUUCGAAGUUUUUCCUUGUACCGAAGCCCAAAAAGUGCAACUUGCUGCCUUCACUCUCGAAGAUGAAGCACGGAGGUGGUGGAUGCUUACAAGGACUGUACACCAAGGAUUAACCCGGGACAAAUUUUUGGAACUAUUUUACGACAAGUACUUCCCUCAAAGUACGCGAGAUAAGAAGGUGGCAGAAUUUGAAACUCUCAGACAAGGAAAUAAGACUGUUGCGGAGUAUCAUGCCCAAUUCGCAGAACUAGCCCGGUUUGCACCUCAUAUGGUGGAUACAGAUUAUAAGAAAGCACAAAAAUUUGAAGGGGGAUUAUGGAAUGCUAUCCUUGAUCGAGUCAAUAUGUUGAAGUUACCCACCUAUGUUGAUGUGUUGGAGAGGGCUGUUAUAGCAAAGGGAAACAUUGCUGCUCAAAAUUGGAUUUCCGAGUGGAAAGGGAAGAGGCAGAACAUUCAAUUAUCAAAGGGGUCAGCCACUCCACCAAACAAGAAACAAAAUUCAGGGACCUCUAGUACUUCCACCCCUACUCAAGAUUCAACUCCUGUUUGUUCAGAAUGUGGAAAGAAGCACCGUGGGACUUGCUAUCGGUUGACUGGAGCAUGUUUUAGGUGUAGCAAAACGGGUCAUCUAGUAAAGGACUGUCCUCAGAGAACUCAACAAAAUGGAAAUAGGGCUACUGCAAGUUUAGCAGGGUCUACACCAGCUCCCAACACCAAGUGA